UUCGCGUGUUAGGAUGACGCGAUGUCGCUUUCCGCAAUGAGGACGUUUAUAAAAUUACUGUUAAACUAACGGGAAAACAUGUCUGAAGUGCGAAAAUUCACAAAGCGGUUGAGCAGACCGGGGACGGCUGCGGAGCUCAGACAAAGUGUAUCAGAGGCGGUGAGGACGUCCAUUGCUGUGGAGCAGCCGAAGAUCAUCGAGCCACUGGACUAUGAAAAUGUGGUGUUCCAGAGGAAAGCUCAAAUACACAGUGAUCCACAGAGAGACCUGCUGCUGUGGCCAGCUGAUGAUGUAUCAGAGUGCCAGAUUGAACGGCAAAGGAGAACCAUAAUUUCUCCAGUUCCUCAAAAUGCAGAAAAUGAAGCUGAAAGCCUUUUCACCAAAGAGUGCAUUAAGAUGGACAACACAGUCUGGCACGUCAUCAACUAUAAUUACGAGGCUUACUCUGGAGAUUUCCGGAUGCUGCCCUGUAAAGGGAUGAAGACAGAGAAGCUUCCAAGCCAAGUGUUUGAGGUCGAUGAGGGAGAGGAGGACUCGUCGUCUCUGUGCUCUCAGAGAGGUGGGGUAAUGAAGCAGGGUUGGCUGCAGAAAGCCAACAUCAACAGCAGUCUGUCUGUCUCCAUGAAGGUGUUUAAAAGGAGAUAUUUCUACCUGUCUCAGCUUCCUGAUGGCUCCUAUAUACUGAAUUCAUACAAAGAUGAGAAAAAUUUCAAAGAAUCAAAAGGCUCUAUCUAUCUGGACUCCUGCAUAGAUGUGAUUCCGUCUCCUAAGAUGCGGCGCAAUGCAUUUGAGCUAAAGAUGGAAGAGCGAUAUAGUCACUAUCUGGCUGCGGACAGCGAGGCAGAGAUGGAGGAAUGGGUGAACACUCUGAAACAGGCCUUACUAAACACAACAGACGACCGAAGGAAUGGAACAGAACCCUCUGAAGGUUCUCUGGAUGACGACAGUAGCAGUCAGGGAAAGCCUGAUAACAUUGCAGAGAGCUUUGGACGAAGUCUUUAUCCAGAGCUUAUGAAGUAUGCCAGAGAAACAGAUCAGCUGAAUAGAAUGAACAGAAAUGAGGGCCGGCAGAAGAUCUUCACUCUUGAUCUUGACACACAGAAAUUAGAUUUCUCAGGUAUAGAGCCUGAUGUCAAGCCAUUUGAAGAGCGCUUUGGACGAAGAAUCAUGGUUAACUGUCACGACUUGACCUUUAGUCUGCAAGGAUGCGUCAGUGAGAAGACUGAUGGAGUCUUAUCCAACGUUGAGCCGUUCUUCAUUAUCCUAGCCUUGUUUGAUUUGUCCAAAGGCUGUAAGAUCUCUGCAGACUUCCAUGUUGACCUCAAUCCACCGUGUGUGAGAGAAAUGCUUCUAGAAAGUUCUCCCCAGACUCCCACUGAACAAGAAGCAGGAGACAGAAGUGAAAUGGUCAGGGUAAAUGGACACGGCCUGCCAGUUCUCCAGAGAGUCGCAGAGUCUCUUUUACGUUUCCCAGCUCAGGGGAUCUUCUCAGUUACCAACCCUCACAAAGACAUCUUCCUGCUGGCACGGGUGGAGAAGGUUUUACAGAAUGGAAUCACGCACUGUGCUGAGCCUUAUAUAAAGACCUCAGACAUGAGCAAGACAGUACAGAAGGUCCUGAAGACUGCCAAACAGACAUGUCAGCGGCUGGGCCAGUACCGAAUGCCCUUUGCUUGGGCUGCCAGACAGGUGUUUAAAGAUGCUCAAGGCACUUUAUACACGGAUGGGAAGUUCUCUCCACUCUACCGCCAAGACAGUAGCAAGAUAUCCACAGAAGAUCACAUCAAACUAAUGACAGAUCUCAAGAAACCAGAGAAGAACAAACAGCAGAUAAUCUCCGGACAAAUUAAUAUCACCGUUGAAUGUGUACCUCCAGAUCUGUCAAACUCUGUCACGUCCUCAUAUAUCGCGGUAAAGCCAUUUGAUGAGCAGUGUGAGAGGGUUUCUUUGGAAGUGGAAGAGUUUUACCCUGAAGAGGCCAAAUACAACCACCCAUUCACCAUCUACAAGAAUCAUCUCUAUGUCUAUCCUCAGCAGCUCAAAUACGACAAUCAAAAGAGCUUUGCCAAGGCCCGAAACAUCGCUGUGUGUGUCCAGUUCAAGGAUUCAGAUGAAGAGGUGGCUGGUCCCCUAAAGUGCAUCUAUGGCAAGCCAGGAGAGCCACUGUUCACCACCAGCGCAUUUGCUGCAGUUCUACAUCACAACCAGUGUCCAGAGUUUUAUGAUGAGAUUAAAAUCGAGCUUCCUGUUCACAUUCAUGAGAAGCAUCACAUUCUUUUCACCUUCUACCAUAUAAGCUGUGAGCUUAGUAGCAAGACCACCACCAAGAAGAGAGAUGCAGUGGAGACACUCGUGGGUUAUUCCUGGGCACCUUUACUUAAGGAUGGCAGAAUACAUUCAUCUGAAUUAAAUCUUCCUGUAUCUACAUAUUUACCUACUGGUUACAUGUAUGAAAAAAGCCAGGAGUCAAAGAAGUCCUCCCCGGACAUCAAAUGGGUUGACAACGGCAAAACGCUGUUUAAAGUGCGAACACAUGUAGCAUCAACAAUUUACACUCAGGAUUUGCACCUCCACAAUUUCUUCCAGCAUUGUCAGCUGAUGAGGUCAAUGUCACCAGGAAAUCUAGCUGAACUCGUCAAAUACCUAAAGUGCCUGCAUGCAGUAGAGACUCAGGUCAUCAUCAAGUUUCUGCCUACAGUUCUUGUUCAGCUCUUUGAAGUCCUCACAAUGGCAAACAAGGAGGGUCACGAUAUUGCUGUCAACUCUACACGUGUAAUAAUUCACAUUGUGUCUCAAUGUCACGAGGAAGGUCUGGAACAUUACCUGCGCUCCUUUCUUAAGUAUGUGUUUCGGACCAACAGCUCAAAUUCUGUGACAACUCAUGAAGUUUUAGCAGCGGCAGUGACUGCUAUACUCAAACAGACUGCAGAUUUCAACACAUGUAACAAACUACUUAAGUAUUCCUGGUUCUUCUUCGAAACUAUGGCUAAGUCAAUGGCACAGUACCUCCAGGAUGGCAAUCGAAUGAAAAUGCCCCGAGCACAAAGGUUUCCCGAAUCGUUCCAACAAGCUCUGCAGUCUAUGCUGUUGUCAAUCAUGCCACAUAUAACCAUCCGCUACGUGGAGAUUCCAGAGGAGGCCCGUUGUGUCAAUUUCAGCCUUGCCUGCUUCAUUAAGCGCUGCCUCACAUUUAUAAACAGAGGAUUUGCUUUCAGUCUGAUAAAUGACUACAUGUGUGGAUUCAGCCUUAAAGACCCAAAGGUGCUAACAGAGAUGAAAUUUGACUUCCUCAUGACUGUGUGCAACCAUGAGCACUACAUUCCUCUAAACCUGCCCAUGGCGUUCGGUCGAACCAAGUUGCAAAGAGUCCAGGAUUUUAUUUGGUAUGCGGCGGAGUGUUUCGGAGUCGUAGACCAGAGUUUGGAGUACAGCCUGACUGAGGAUUACUGUAAGAACCAUUUUCUGGUGGGUCUGCUUCUGCGAGAGGUGGCUGAUGGACUUCAGGGUUGCCCAGAGAUCAGGCAGCUGGCCGUGGCUGCACUAAAAAAUCUCAUGAUCAAACACUCCAUGGACGACAGGUACAACGCUUUUAAGAACCAGCAGGCCCGUAUUUGUCUGCUAUACCUGCCGUUAUUUGAGCUGCUGUACCAGAACCUCAGUCAGAUGAACAGCCCCAAGCAAAUCAGCAGAAAUGGCCUUGGCAUUCUGUACCUGGAUGAUUUAUCCUUGGCUGGUUCAGUGAACAGCCGCAGAAGCAGCGCCAUUAUUGAUAAGGAACCUAAUAGUGCUAUCACUAAAAAUGGACAGGUGAGGAGAUCCAUCUAUGGGGAUCCCGGUACACCAGACAUUAAUGGGUUACACAGGCGUGGCUCUGCAGUGAGCUCUCUGCCUGCCGUUGGCCAUCUGGGGCAGUAUGAGAUCAGAGGGCUGCUUUUGUGUUUCCUGCAUGUCAUAAGAACUUUGUCAGAUGAGACUCUGAUUGCCUACUGGUCAAGAAUCAAUGCUCAAGACAUCAUGAACUUCCUCAGUCUUCUAGAGAUCUGCAUAAUCCAGUUCCGCUAUGCGGGUAAACGUAACAUUAACCGUAACCAGGAACCCUGGGUGUCCAAACUUUUUUAUCCGGAGAGGAAAUCUCAGACCAUGCCAGUGAUGCGAACUCGAGGAAGCCAGAUGCAAGCAAAGCUGCAGGAGUUCAGCACUAUGGACACCUCGCUAACUUUGAACAUGGUUGGGUGUCCCACAGAAGCAGAGAUCAACCACCAGGCUUUGCUUGAAGGAAAUAUUUCGACAGAGGCCUGUCUUACUGUGCUUGACGUGCUCUCACUCUUCACUCAGAGCUUUAAGAAUCAGCUGCUGGAAAGUGACGGUCACAAUGCUCUAAUGACAAAAGUCUUUGACACAUACCUCACCUUACUGAAAGUUGGACAGUCGGAGGCAGCCAUCAAACACAUCUUUGCCUCCCUGCGAGCCUUCAUUAUUAAGUUCCAGGUUCCCCUCUUUAAGGGUCGCAUAACACUGUGUGGUUUGCUGUGCUAUGAGGUCCUGAAGUGCUGUAUGUCGAAACUAAGUGUCCUGCGUGGGGAAGCAUCUGCCCUCCUUUAUCUGCUCAUGAGGAACAAUUUUGAGUACACCAAGAAGAAAUGUUUCCUACGCAUGCACCUACAGAUUAUCAUCGCUGUGAGCCAACUUAUAGCUGAUGUGGUGCUUACAGGCAGCUCACGUUUUCAGGAGUCUCUGUCAAUAAUCAACAACUUUGCCAACAGUGAUAAACUCAUGAAGACAACAACAUUUCCCUUUGAAGUGAAAGGCCUUACAAUGCGAAUCCGUACGGUUCUGAUGGCUACCGCUCAGAUGCGUGAGCACGAAAAAGACCCAGAAAUGCUGCUGGACCUUCAGUACAGUCUCGCCCGUUCAUACGCCAGCACUCCUGAGCUCCGACGCACCUGGUUGGACAGCAUGGCGCGAGCUCACAACAAAAAUGGAGACUAUUCUGAGGCUGCUAUGUGUAACAUUCAUGUUGCUGCACUAGUAGCAGAGUAUUUGCACAGGAAAAGGCUAUUUCCAAGUGGACUGGCAGCAUUUAAAAGAAUCACGCUGAACAUUGAUGAAGAAGCUGCCAUGAAAGAAGAUGUUGGGAUGCAAGAUGUGUACUACACAGAGGACAUUCUGGUUGAACAGUUGGAGGUGUGUGUUGAAGGUCUUUGGAAAGCUGAGAGAUUUGAACUAAUAACACACAUCGCCAGGCUUAUCAUCCCUGUUUAUGAGAAACGCCACGAGUUCGAGAAACUGAGGAGGUUGUAUGACACACUGCAGCGAGCUUAUGCUAAGAUAUUAGAAGUCAUGCAGUCUGGCAGACGUCUACUGGGGACCUACUAUAGAGUUGCCUUUUAUGGACAGAGCUUCUUUGAAGAGGAGGAUGGUAAAGAAUACAUCUACAAGGAGCCAAAGAUCACAAGUCUUCCUGAAAUUUCCCAUCGUCUCAUUGGUCUCUAUGGAGAAAAGUUUGGAACCGAGAGUGUCAAAAUCAUCCAAGAUUCCAACAAAGUAAACCAGAAAGAUCUGGACCUAAAGUUUGCAUACAUUCAGGUAACGUUUGUAAAGCCCUACUUUGAUGAGAAAGAGCUGUUGGAGCGGAAGAUUGCAUUUGAAAAGUGCCACAACAUCAACCGUUUUGUCUUUGAGACACCGUACACACUCACUGGAAAAAAACAAGGAGGGGUGGAGGAACAAUGCAAGCGGAGAACAGUACUUACCACAACCAACACGUUUCCAUACGUGAAGAAACGCAUCGAAGUUGUGGCGGAAAAGCACGUAGAUCUGAAACCGAUUGAUGUGGCCAUAGAUGAGAUGAAAGAUCGAAGCACUGAGCUCACUAAGAUCUGCUCUAACCAAGAGGUCGACAUGAAACAGCUACAACUCAUACUCCAGGGCUGUGUUAGUGUCCAGGUGAAUGCAGGACCAAUGGCCUAUGCCAGAGCCUUCCUUGAUGAAUCCAAAUCCGGUCAAUCCAGCAAGAAAGUAAAAGAACUCAAGGAAAUAUUCAGGCAGUUUGUUAAGGCAUGCAGUAUGGCUCUGGAUAUUAAUGAAAGACUCAUUAAAGAGGACCAGUAUGAGUAUCAAGAGGGGCUAAAGGCUAACUUCAAAAGCAUGGUGAAAGAGCUGUCUGAUAUAAUCCAUGAACAGAUCUUUCAGGAGGAUAUGAUGUGUUCCCUGCUGCAGAACUCUGUUCACGUGUUCCGUGCUAUCAGUGGGACAUCCACCGACCUGGCCUAGCUGUUCCUCCUCAACUUUCUUAAAAAUUGAAUGUUAAGGCCUUUAGCGAACAUAACUUCAAUCUGCUAGAAUGUCAGCAUUUUUGAUGAGCUACUUUUUACUUGUGGACAGGUACUACAUGUUCAUGUUUUGCAUUUCUAUAGAUAUUGGUUUUGACAUUUUUUCUGACAUUGUAAAUUCACUGCAAUCGGAAGUACACUUACACAUACAGCACACCAAAGAUAAAAUGGCAGACGCUCUUAUCCAGAGCGACUUAUGGUGCAUUCAAACUUUAAAAAUGUUAUCAGUAUGUGUAUUUCUUUUUCUUAUGCAGGAAUGACAGGAAAAACAGGAAUGUAAAACUAUAAUUGUAAACUAUAAAAAAAGGCAAGCAGGACAUCAUAUGUGUUCUACAUAAUUUUUAUCGAACAAAUGCUUUUGUUUUAUUUGUUUACCUUUAUUUAUGUUGUUACGUGGUGCAUAAGCCAUGUUGUUUAGCCUCAUUACUAGGCGAAUUAAGUUGGCAUUUUAAGAGGUCAGUUUUUUUUAUGAAAUAAAAUUGUGUAAUUGAAAUAUUUGACAUAA